CAUGCUCAUUGCCGGACGAUGAUUAAUAGCAAUCUCAGCCCUGCUCCCGGACCUGUGCUACUGCUGCGCUGUCGCAUGCUCUUGGGAGACCCAAGGGAAGCGCGAAUAGGGAAGACGACGCACGCGGUCGACUUGUGACCAGAGUCUAUCUGCGCCCGUAGGAUUAAUUUUGAACAAGGCUCUGCAGCUCAUAUCGCCCUUUCAAGUCCACGCCGCGCGAUCACGCUCCCUGUUUCUCCCAGUCGCGCUUCGCGUCUUCCCGUUGCCCUUGAUUUGCCCUACGUCGGCAGCGUGGCAGCUCCUCUUCUCUCUUUUUCGCCUCUCUCCGCUGCUGUGCUCCCGUGUUGUUUGAAUUGUCCGCACUUGCUUUGUCUCCGCUACGGCCCAGAGCAAUCUUUAGACGAUUGUAGCUGGAAGGCCUCGUCUGUUCACAAUAAAACAACUGUUGCAUAAAAGCCAACGCUGCCGUUCAACACUGUCCAAGUACCCAGAUCUGCAUGCAAGAACAACAAACUACAAUGGAAGUUCCCGUGUUGUGCUGGUGUUGCACUAUCAAUCCCAGCAUUACAGAAGAGGAAUAUAUGGCAUGCUACAAUGCCGUGCUUGAAGCCUGGCCAGACACUCCUUUUGCACAACGGCUAAAGGACAUGCCACGAAAUUAUGAUACACUGAGAGAAAUGCUAACUCACAUAAUCCCGCUUCUGAUGAUGCGUCAACAACGAAUUCCGCGGAGUAAAUGGGUGUUACAUCAGAACGAACGAGGGAAAAAGUGGAUUGAGAAGACCGUGGACAGCGGAGGGCAUUCCGCGAGGCAACAGACUACUAUGAUGACAGGGUUCACGACGGCAUACGAUUACAAUAUUGUAGUAUUGGCUGCUUGCCAAGGGAAACGUAGUCAUGUCGUCAACAUUGGUCUUGGUGUAAAACGGCUCUCGGCAGAUGGCGUUCCUGUGCAACAAUGGGCGCAGUCGCAGCAGCACAAGCUUACACAACGGGAAACACAAAUACUCACGGGACUUGCGGAAGAUGUGCUUCUAAGCCGACUGAUUAUUUUGCUGACAAUUAAAGAGUCGCUCAUCAACGGACUUGGUCAACCUGUAGGCUUUGACCUUUCCCGAAUCGAGUGCAAUCCCGCUGAGAAUUGGUUGCAUGUUGACGGGCAGCCUCUUCUCGGGUGGGAAUUCAGACUUUUUCGGUGUCAAGGAGAGGCAAUAGUUGGCGAGGUCCAAUACGUUGACCAAUACCAAAUGUGCAUUGCGUUUUAUCGUGGGCACAAUGCUGUGAAGUUUACCUUUGUAGAUAAACCGGAGGAUAUCGACCGAUUGACACAGUAUUUUCCGUUUGACCGUCUCGUGGAUGUUAUACCCAGAUUACUUCAAGAGAGCCGUUCUAGUUGAUUUCUUGCUUUUCUCUCUACAUGGUAUAUAUACAGCAUGUUCAUCUGUAAUUUUUACACGCAUUGUUUAGCAACAUUCUAACCUGU